GGUAUAUUAACACCGAUGUGGGGUAAUGAUGAGCACAGUCAAUCAUGGCGCGUUACCAAGUGAUCCUCGCUCUUUUGGCCCUUCUGGUUCUAUCCGCCAACGCCGAUCGUCCUCGUGUUGGUCGUCAUGUUGGUGGCAGCCCUAGCUCUUCCUCAUCAUCGUCAUCGUCGAGUAGCUCUGGUGGACACGAUGGGAAGACCCACACCAAGACCAAUACACAUGUUGAAGGGGCUGGUACCGCUGAUGCAGGUGCAAGUGCCAAGAAUGACGGAAUUAUCUUUGAUUAUGGGGGUGGAUAUGGACAGGGUGGACUAGGUGGAGGACGUGGUGGAGCGGGUGGUGGAUAUGGAGGAGUGGGUGGAGGACAUGGUGGAGCGGGUGGUGGAUACGGAGGACUGGGUGGAGGACAUGGUGGAGUAGGUGGUGAACACGGCGGUGCAGGUGGUGGAUACGGAGUAGGUGGAGGACACGGUGGAGCAGGUGGAGGAUAUGGAGUAGGUGGAGGCCACGGUGGAGCUGAUGGAGGAUAUGGAAGUUUGGGCGGUGGAUAUGGAGGAGCAGGUGGUGUCAUUGACCCUGGAUUUGCUGGACCUGGAUUCGGAAUACUGGGUGGCGGUAGCGGUUCCGGGGCCGGUGCAAAUGCCAACGCAAACGCCAAUGCCAACGCUGGUGCCAGCGCUGGUGCCUCAGGUGUAGGUGGUGGAUUCGGACCUGGACGUCAGAGUGGAGGGUACGGACAGGGACAGAAGGGUGGUUUCCAGACUGGUGGAGUUGAACAUAUACUGGAUGGUUAUCAAACCGGUGGUUAUCAAACCGGUGGUUAUCAAACCGGUGGAUACCAAACCGGUGGAUAUCAGACUGGCAGCCAGGGACAUGGUCAGGCUGGUGGAUAUGGAGGACAGGGAGGUUUCGGUACCGGUGGACAUGGGCAUGGUCAAUCUGGUGGAUAUGGAGGACAGGGAGGUUUUGGAACCGGUGGACAUGGUCAAGCUGGUGGAUAUGGAGGACAGGGAGGUUUCGGGACCGGUGGAUAUGGACAGGGUCACCAAGGUGGAUACCAGACUGGUGGAUUUGGGCAUGGAGGUGCUGGAGGUGCUGGCAAUGCCAACGCUAACGCCAAUGCCAAUGCCAAUGCCAACAGUCUCGGCAAAGCUGGUGCCAAUGCCAAUGCCAAUGCCAAUGCCAAUGCCUCUGCUGGCGGUUUUGGAGGCGGUCUAGGUGGUGCAACUGCCAAUGCCAAUGCAAAUGCCAACGCAAAUGCUGGAGGAUUCGAUAUCUUCAGCCGAUUUAAUGACGAGGACUCGAACAAUGGGACGAGUACUAAGCCCGGAUCGGCUAGUGCAAGUGUCUCAAAAGACGGAACAGUUGAUGGUGCAAAGGGUGUCUACAGCAGCAGUUCAUCCGCUGUUGAUUCCAGUGGAAAAGGCACAUAUCAUGUGGAGGCUGGCAAGAUAAACUAGAGCUAUCAGUGAUCUUCAAAUCGUGAAUUAAUUGUAAAGCCCAUUGAAGAGUUAUCGAAUUGCCAUAAUCAAUAAUGAGCAUGUCAAAAGACGUAGUACGAGUAGACACAUGACAUGAGUAAAGUUCAAAAGCAUUAGGUCUUCGUAUUUUUCCUCAGCGCUUGAACCAUCAAUUAUUUAUCAUUUUAUUUCACCUGAGAAUAUUCAUCCUCAGUACGAUCGACGUUGUUUUUUUUUCUUAAGAAUUGUGUACUUAUUAACGUUUUGUGUGUGAUAAAUUGGUUGCAACAUUAAUAAAUAGAUUUGUUUGUCACUAUUA